GUAUCGCUGGCUCACACGGAAAUGAAGUAAACCGAGAAAUCAGCGCAUUUCGGAAAGCAGUCCUCAGCAGGUGAGUGAAGUUUAUGCACUGAAGACAACUCAGGAAAUCUCAAGAUGGCUGCCAAGAGGAAAGGAGGCUUAAAGCUGAAUGCUAUCUGUGCCAAGCUGAGUCGGCAGGUUGACUACAACUUUGGGGCAGAGCAGACUGAGCCAGACCACAAACCUCAAGAGAACGACAGUGCUGAUGGGCUGCGUCAUGGCGACCAGGAGGGGGACACUGACACUCCCGAUGGACUCCAUGACAUCCAAAAGUUGGAGGAGGACAAGAAAAGGCGGGAAGCAAUAGAGAAGUGGGUGAAUGGGGAAUACAUGGACGAACAUGGGGAGCGUGGUGAAGAAAGGCUAAUAAAGGCCGGUGAUAGUGAGUACAUCGCCCCCGAAGGGGUCUACAUGGUGCAGCCCAAAGGUUGUAGUGAUGAGGAGGACAAUGAUGGAGCUCAAGGCUCACUCGAUGGCAGUUACAUGGAUGACAGAGACUCUGAGGAAGUGGGACUGAAAGAGGAAGGUUACAACUCUUCCAGUGAAGCCAGUAUCAGACAAGCCAGUAUUGCCUCUUCAGGGGAGACAUCGACACUCCAUGACUAUGCAGCAACCACGAUGAAUGAAUUCCUGGGGAUGUUUGGCUAUGAUGACCAGAACGUCAGGGAUGAACUGGCCAAGAAGAUCAGUUUUGACAAGUUGAACGCCACUACCUCAGAGACCUACCCAGCGGCCUCCCCAGGCGAGGACAGCUUAGCUCGGAGGGUGCGCAUUUCCAAAUACGAGGAAUACAUCCGGAAACUCAAGGCGGGGGAGCAUUUGCCUCGGCUGCUCCCGCUUCCCAAAGCUGAGGAUUCGAGCACCCGGACGCUCGGAGGGAAGGACCCAGUCCCAGCUGGAGGCCAAUUCUCUGGGCAGGAAGCCCCCGUUCGCCACGAUGCCAAGCCCACUGCCCCCGCUGCCCCUCCCAGCUCCUCGGCUCACGGCCUCCUCUCCCGCGCUUCCAAAUACGACUACUUCAUCCAGAAGCUGAAGAUCGGCGAGAGCAUCCGGCCCCAGAACGGCAACAGCUACAAGAGGCCGUCGAAGUACGACCUGGAAAAUGUGAAGUACCUGCACCUCUUCAAGCCGGGCGAGGGUGACCCGGACAUGGGGGGUGCCAUCGCCUUCAAAACUGGAAAGGUGGGCCGUCCGUCCAAGUACGACAUCAAAAACAUCCAGAAGUUGGCCAUGGUGAAGGCCCCCACCAACCCUGGCAUUGCCCCCCUGUCCAGCAGCCCGUGUGCCCGGACCAUGAGCACCGAGUCGCCCACCUCCACCAGUUUCGGCAGCACCGACCUCCUGAAAUCCAGCUUCUCCAAGACCGACUCCAUCACCACCGGAACUGUCUCCACCGUCAACCGCCUUUCCAAAACUGAAACUUCAUUGGAUGACUCUGCGGGAAGGCUGCCCAGUUCGAAUGUACCUGCAGUAAACCGGAACGGACUCUCAUCAGAGAAGCCAGGUGCCAUUACUGAUGAUGCGAAUAUUUACCAGAAGUACAUUGCCAGGUUCUCUGGCAGUCAGCAAUGUGGACACAUUCACUGUGCCUAUCAGUACAGAGAGCACUACCACUGUCUAGAUCCUGAGUGCAAUUACCAGAGGUUUACCAGUAAACAGGAUGUGAUACGACACUACAACAUGCACAAGAAGAGAGAUAACUCCCUGCAACAUGGUUUCAUGCGCUUCAGCCCCUUGGAUGACUGCAGUGUCUACUACCAUGGCUGCCACCUUAAUGGAAAGAGUACACAUUACCAUUGCAUGCAGGUGGGUUGCACUAAGGUUUACACCAGUACGUCUGAUGUGAUGACCCAUGAAAACUUCCACAAGAAGAACGCCCAGCUAAUCAAUGAUGGCUUUCAGCGCUUUCGUGCGACAGAGGAUUGUGGGACCCUUGGCUGCCAGUUCUAUGGACAAAAGACCACACACUUUCACUGCAGGCGUCCUGGCUGUACUUUCACCUUCAAAAACAAGUGUGAUAUCGAAAAGCACAAGAGUUAUCACAUCAAGGAUGACGCCUACGCCAAGGAUGGCUUCAAGAAGUUCUACAAAUACGAGGAAUGCAAGUACGAGGGCUGUGUCUACAGCAAGGCCACGAACCACUUCCACUGUAUCCGGGUGGGCUGCGGCUUCACCUUCACCUCCACCAGUCAGAUGACCUCGCACAAGCGAAAACACGAACGCCGUCACAUCCGCAACACGGGAGGUCCCGGCCUGGCUUCCCAGCUGCUGGGCCGCAAGGAGAACGAACAGGAUGACUCCAGCAAUGACGAUCUGAUUGACUACUCAGCGAUAAGCAGCAAGAACUCGAGUCUGAGCGCAUCCCCGACAAGCCAGCAAUCUGCGGGACCGAUACUCCUCCCCACUCCCACCACAGAGAUCUCCUCGAGCCAGGCCGCCAGGCCGACCAGUAACGUCAUCCCAGCAACCAAGAUGUCGACGAUACUUCCGCAAACGCUGUCCAGCCCCAUCCCAGUCGCCUUGGCACUCUCCAAUGCCGGUCUCUCCAAUACCGGCCCCUUCUUCCCUAUCAUUCCCAAUAGGGUCUCCAUGGCCAUCCCCGUGACAGCAGCCAACCUGAUAUCCGCCAUCUCCUCCAGCGUUCCCACCGUGCCGACGGAAUCGCCUUCACAAGUUGUCUCGGGGUCCAGCAACACAAUCCCCCUGUCUCCAGCUGCUGCAACCACCAUCAUGGAGAAGAUCACAGCCAGCAAAGGGCUCAUCUCCCCAAUGAUGGCCCGCCUUGCAGCUGCAGCUCUCAAACCAUCCAACCCAGCAGACCUAGGAAAUGAGCAGCAAACACAAUUGAACCAGUUCAGUCUGGUCCCAGUCAAGCAAGAGCCAAGUGACAUCACCAAGACCCAAUCCCAAAACUCAACACAGAACCAGAGCCUUGAUCUGAGCUUGAAGGAGCACAGCACUGAAUCUAAUGGACAUGUGGAUUCAGGACAGACAUCCCUGUUAUCCUCAUUUCUCAAUAAGAUGUCCCAAAACAGCAGUGGACUGAGCAACUUGCUGAACCUCAAGACAGAAUCUGACUGUGCACAGUCUGAUGCAGAACAGAUGCCCUACAUGAAUAAAGCUUUGACCCCACAGAGACAGGAGAAACGACAGGAGUUCUGGGAGAAAUACCUGCGCAGAUUUACCACAGAAGAUUACUGUGAGAGCCAGUGUGAUUUUCUGCAUAAAGCCCAUUUCCAUUGUGCAGUGGAAGAUUGUGGUGCCCUUUUCAGUACCUUGGAUGGAGCUGUCAAGCAUGCCAACUUCCACUUUCGGGCAGACGGUGGGGCGGUGAAAGUGAAGUCGGAACCCUCCCUGCCAACCACGAUUCCCGUCGAGAUCCGAGGGUCUGGGUCCGGGUCCGGGUCCGGGUCCGGGUCUGGAUGCAGCAGUGGGGCUGGGGCCGGGACCUUCUCCCCCGUCGCCAUGGUAACCGCCGCCGCCAUGUUGGCCUCCAGCGCGGGCCCCGCUGCGGUCACCGCCGCUCCGACACUGCUCGCUUGGAAACAGCUGGCCGCCUCCAUGCCGCAACUCCCCGCAUCCACACUGGCGACCUCCCCCUUGGCAACCACAUCCCUGGAGAACGCCAAGCCUCAAGUCAAACCCGGCUUCCUCCAGUUUCAAGAGAAGUAA